AUGUAUAUUGCUGACUCGGAUAACAUCAAGAGUCCUUCCACAAAGCAGCUCAGGAUGAACUUUGAUAGCAAGAUGCCAUCAGCUGAGGGGGUGGGUGACCCGGAGCUGGCCAGCUUCAUACAGAUGGAGUCACAGAAGGCCCAGCUUCAGUCACAAAUCCACAAACUGUCGGACAUCUGCUGGGACACGUGCAUGGACAAACCCAGAGACAAACUGGACGGUCGGACAGAGACCUGUAUGAGGAACUGUGUGGAAAGAUUCAUAGAUACCUCCUUGCAGAUCACCAACCGAUUCCAGCAGAUGCUUCUACGCGGCACGCAGUGA